CCAGUCUCUCAUCUUCAUCUUCUUCUUCUUCACGCGCUUCGUCUCUAUCCUCUCGCCCUCUCCGCAUCGUCCUCAUCUUCCUCAUCAUCUUCGCUCCGAUCCCUCCAUCUCCUCGUCGGAUCGGCCAGGCAUGAGCGUCGUCACCUGAACGGAUCGCCGAAUCGAACCCUCGAUCUGCUCAACCGUGGCCUUGUUCCGUCCUCCCUCGUCCCGUUCGCCGGCGGUCACCGUGGCGGCGACGCGCUGAGACCGCGGCGUCGUUCCGUCGUUCGGUCGUGGUGGGGUUUCGAAGAGCAUCUCACCAUGCCUUCGGUGCCCUGCGAUCUCCUCCUGAUCCCUUCCCUGACCUACUUCCAUGGUGGCCUCUGCCCUCACCGCAUGAAACACCUCGAGAAAGGUGAUCGGCGUGGUAACCUCAGUUAACAUUAGGCUUUUCUCUCCACUGUCACCGUCACCGUCGUCGUCGUCGUCGUCGUCGUCGUCUUCGUCUUCGUCGGGCGUUUCUCCUCUUCGCGGCCGCGUUUUAGGGUUUUUCGUUUGCCUUGCUCUCUGCUGCUUGUUGUGCGACGUGAAAGGCUUUUGUUUUUUUUGGGGGGCCGGCCAUUGACGGGCUUGUGCCGAGCUGUGCGAGUUGCUGAGGUUGUUUGGAAGCCAUUUUUGACGGCCCUUGCCGCCUUGUAAGAUACUUACAUCGAUGGGUGAUUGCUCUUGCACUUCUGGGACCAACUCGGUUGUCUGUGAGAACUUGAUAAGUGAACUUGGUAAUACUCUGGGUAAUGUUUUACACGUUGAAGAUGGUGAAGUUGCAGUUGGCACUUCGAAAGUAGAGAAAUCACAGGGAGUUUCUGGGCUUAAUGCUAAGUCAGAUCAGAAGCGUCUCGUUAAAUGUGUAACUUUUCCAUUGCCAGGAGAGAAGUUAUCUCCUCCUUUGUUCUCUGAUAAAGAGUAUGAUGAGCCAGAAUCGGCUUUGCGAGAACUUUUCUCAGAGGAGCACAUUAACAAUGUCUACUCACGUUCAAUUUCUUUUCCCACCUCUUCAAAGCUUGUAUCUGCUUUGAAAGGCACUCGUGAGAAACAAGAUGCUUCUCCUAGGAAGCUUACUGUGAGAUGGGCUCCUGAUGUCUAUGAUCCACCACCGACAUCGGUUUCUCACUUUCUCAAUAGGGGCACAAAACAACAGAAGGUGCCCAAGAAGGAUAAGAGAAAUGGAAAGAGGGGCCAGAAAGGAAAAGACUUCUCACGAGGGGCAUCUGGCAAGGACUCUUCCAAGAGGGACAAGAAGGACAAGAAAAAGAAGCAAUCUCGCCGACCAUCUGGGAGUUUGGAUAGAUGUCUUAACAAGCUGGAUGAUAAUGAUCGCCGCCUUGGCAUUGCAGAUGAUGUGCGCCAAUUUGAUAUUGGAAAUCCUGUCCCAGACUCCUCUUGUGGGAGCAGUUUUUUCAAGAACUCCCUGUCCCAGUUGCACUACUCUGCUGCAGAGGCAUCGUGAGAUAUGAUCUCUUCAGUUGAUGAUUUGGACUCUUCAGCAGGUGAUGUAUAUAAAUAAUUCUAACAAGUGGUUUUGUGUGGCGACUUUUUUAAGACUGAGUUACUCUUGUCUGGACAACACUACUGUUGAUGUUUUGGGACACCUAGUGUGAAUGUUUUGUUAAAUCAUGGCAUUAGCUAUGGUUUAUAUUGGACUAUUCAGUGAGAGUCGCAUAUUUCCAUAUAUCUGAUGGGGCCCUGCAUUUGGGCCUCUGUUUUUCGUUC